AAACAAAAGAUUACUUAGUAGGUUGGGUUUUGGUUUUUUUUUUUUUCCCCUCGGAGCUUCAUUACUGCCGGAGUCAGUGAAAAAGCAGGUCGCUGCUCUGCCGGCUCUUAGCAUUCGGGGAGAUAUUAUUUAUUGGUAUCUAUUUAUUAUUAUUUCAGAGUGCUCUGAAUAUUUUUUUCUAAAAGGCUGCUCUGAAGGAAGAUUAGUUCCUCUUUAAAUAUAUGUAAUUUCCCCUUUUUCUCUGGUUAUUUUUUAAAACUUUUUGUUGUUGUUUUUUAAAAAGCAGAACAAGAACACAUUAUUUUCUAAAGCACCCAGUGUGCACACAUUUUCCUGGCCAAAGUUGCUAAACAAGCCGCAAAGUCUUUCUCGGACAGCCUGAUCCUCCGUCUGCUCGGCUCUUCCUGCGCGUGAAACUCAACCUACUGCGGAAGGGCUUUGCUGGGACUCGCCAGCCUUCUCUUACUGUGAGCCCUCACUUUAGGCUGGAACUAGCUUGCGCCUUCUGGGAAGCAAAGAAGAAGACGACAAGAAAAAGAGAAGAGGAGAAAGCAUUUCCCACCUUCUUGAAGACUUAAUGCUUUUCCCUUGGUCCAGGAGUGACAUGAUCCUCUGUGUUCAGGGACCUCAUCCUUUGCUGGCGGAGGAGAAGAUCAGGAGACUGUCACUCAGGGACAUUGCAGUGGAUUUGCCAGAGCCGAUCAUGCAGCCUCUCCCAGUUAUGGCCUUCCAGGAGGAGUCCGCGCCUGCCUUCGCAGCUCCAGUUCCAGACAGCAACCCACCUCAGACACGAGACCCUGAAGAAGACCUUCUCUGCAUUGCAAAAACCUUCUCCUACCUGCGAGAAUCGGGUUGGUACUGGGGAUCUAUCACUGCCAGUGAGGCCAAGCAGCACCUCCAAAAGAUGCCGGAGGGCACCUUCCUGGUACGGGACAGCACCCACCCCAGCUACCUGUUCACACUCUCUGUCAAGACAAAUCGAGGUCCCACCAACGUGCGCAUCGAAUACACUGACAGCAAGUUCCGGCUAGACUCCAACUACUUGUCCAAACCUCGCAUCCUGGCCUUCCCAGAUGUGGUCAGUCUUAUCCAGCAUUAUGUCAUGUCCUGCACAACGGAAAGCAAGAACGAGGCUCCUUACCCGCCUCCGUCUCCUCUACCUCCCAUGCAAAAAGAGAUGGCAGCAGCUGCAGUACACUUGAAACUCAUCCGGCCGCUCAGCCGCAAAGACAACAUCCCCAGUCUACAGCACCUGUGCCGGCUACGGAUCAACAAGUCUACAGCCGACGUGGACCAGCUCCCUCUACCCAGGCGGAUGGGGGACUAUUUGAAGCAAUACCCUUUCCAACUCUGAAGCAUGGCCAUUAUAUCUCAGGCGUGACAGACAGGGACAGAAACAAGAGAACUUUGUGUCUUUGUCCCGCUAAAGCGAGGCAUCAGGUGGGCACAGUAAAGACCUGGUUAUCAGCAGAGACUGCAUCCAUCUUUCCUCUCCCCUUCUCUAAAUCCAUUCCAGCGCCAGGGAGGAGUUGGUUGUUUCAGUGAACAACGGGACACAAUCUGAGCUCUGAACCUCAGGCCGCGCCAACAGUGGCUGUGAGAAAGUGCUGUAGGCAUGUGCACACUACUUGAAUUUCAGAGUUUCUGUGAGACCGGAAUUGUUAACAUUGUUAUUUUUGCUAUUUAUUUCCAUGGCAGUUUCUCUCCUCAUGGUAUUUUAAAAGCACCUUUUACUUUAUUCUUUUUUGUUUCUUUUUCUUUUUGUGGAAUUAGAGAUAGAAUAAAGGCUCCCAGCCAACUGGCCGCCAAAAAUCUGUGGGAAUUUGGAUUUGGAUUCACAUCCAAAUAGUACCUGUUUGAACCUGUCCCUGUAACAGGUCACAGGAGUCCACAUCCAAGCUCCCCCAGACUUCUGGGGUAUGUAGGACUCAGAUGAUUGUAUCUAGACCCAUCUCUAGAGAGGUAAAGAAAUUUUUUUCCUUCCUUAGCUACAGGGGGCUGGGUAUCGUAACCUCAAAGCACAUUGGUAGCAGCUCGUGCAUCUCCCAGAGAUGCAUGCAGCAUCAUAGGUUGUGGACAGGAGAUUUUGAGGAAGCCCUUCUUCCUCGAGAGCUCUAAGCAGAGAUUCUGGAUAUUGAGCUUGGGCCAGGGGGCACUCAUCCCAUUUUUUUCAUCUUCUCCAUCUCCAAAGGAAGUUUGUGACAAAAUAUUUAGAAAGAAGUGAUCAGAAACCCAAUUUUCUUAUUUGCAGGCAGAGGGAUUUGGUUUCAGAGCGCUCUGCAUUUGGCUUGUGUUUUGAAAGUGCCGUUCCCUGACAUUGUCCUUGUCUUGCGAGACGUGGGGCAAGAACGGGGUCUCCUGGACCAGGGGUUCAGAGACAGCUCUGCUGAGCUGCACCAGUGACACAUACAGCUUCAGGAUAUUUAUUUAUUUAUUUCUGGGGGGUAACGAAUUAGAAGCACCUCAGCAGAAAGAGCUGUCCUUCCUCUCUGCUAACACAAUGCCAAACUGCCAGUUGCUCUGUGUCUGCCAGCAUUAUUCACAAGCCACGUGGCUUCAAUCAGAGCUAGGCUCUAGCACACACUGGAAACCACAAUUCAACUUUUCUGUUUGCCAAGGUCCAGACCUCUCCUCUCCCUUUCUCCCACUGGCAUGUUUGUUACCCUUAAUUAGAUUUUUUGCUCUGGGAUACUUCUCACCCCCCAUCCCUUUCACGUCCCUGCAAAUGAAGCACAAUGGCUCUCCCUUGCUCCUUUGUGGAUAGAAGGGAUAAACAGCAGAUGGGAUCUGCCCAAAACCAAGCAUAGACAGAGAAGUUCUCCCUUCCUCUCCAUUUGCAUGAUCCCAUCACCUUCCCAGCCUGUCGGAGCCCCUCCAUGUCACUGAGUGAGAGCAGAGAAGGGAACAGACAGGUCUAGAGAAUUUAUCUUUUGGCUUCUUUUGCCCCGAAGACCCCAUAACUUGUUAAAGCAUGAACCAAUGUGAAGGAUUCCUCGUUCAUCCCUCCCUGGGACUGUCUCUCUGUAAGAAGAGACAAAUCCCAGCUAUACCUGAGGGUUGAGAGAGGAUGUGGAAAAGGAUGGGAUGGUGAGCCAGGAGACAAGCUCAAAAAAUGAGUGGAGUUUCUUCCACCCUAACUUAAAGCUGCCAAAGGGACAAGAUGGCCUGAUGUGCUUAGGCAGUGUCCUUUUUUUUUUUUUUCCCUCUCCACAUUUAUACAAGUUUGUGCUCUUGCAAGCUUUGUUUUUGAUACUUUGAUGAUUGACAGCGUGCAUGUGUGAUGUCAGGUUUGCUUUUUAUUACAUCCUUCCCCCUUGCCCCAUAUGGCAGCAACCAUGGGAAGGUACUGAACGAGAAUGAAAACUUAGAAGGCAAAACAAGAAAUAAAACUUUUUUUUUUUUAAAUAAUAUAAACCAUAAACCACUGAAAAGGCUUCCUUUUAUCCAAACACCUCGAUCUGCCUGAGGACACUGGGAACAGGGAAACCACAGCUCUUCAAAGAGCAGCAGUGAUCUCAGGAAGCCCACAUGGCUCGGCCACAGGCUUGGUACCUACAGCACGUGAAAAUCAGUUUGGGAAGUGUUCAGCUCUCUGAAACUUGCCUUCUACUUGAUCUUGUCUCUGUUGGGGGUAAUGAGGAAAUCAAGCUUGCAGGUUUGACCUCAUGCCUCAAGAGAGCCCAGCUAAAAUGUCAGAAGCAUGUAAGGAGAAGGAAUGCCCGGUUAAUCCCCCAGCGGGACGAUGCAGAGGCCAGGCUGAAGGCUGUAAGCUCAUGUGGGCAGGGACCACCUCUGUUAUAUGUUUGUUCCGCAUCUAGCACAAUAGGGUUCUCUAGGUGCUACUGCAAUACAAAGAAUAAACAAUACAGUUACUCCAAAAAGUCAGUUUCUUCUAUCUUGAGAAAGUUUGUUAAAAAUCAUUUGACUUGGAUUUUAAAUAAACAUUUUAAAUAUAUUUUAAAGCCACUCGAUGUAGAAGUCUUUGGUAAAAUCCAAAUGGAUUCAUUCAUAUUCUAUUCACAGAAAUCCUCCCCAAGAAGAUCAGACAAAUUCUUCACCAUUUUUUUUUUCAAACAAGACACAAAAACCUUUAAAACAAAGAAAAGUCUUUUGGAUACUGAGAGAGUUAACACCAAAACCAUCAUCAGUGUGGGCCUGGUUUCUACCGCACACAGAUGAGCAGUGGCAGACCCCAAGUCCCAAGUUACGAAGGGCUGACGGAACGUUCUUUAAUGAUGUAGAAAAACACAGGAAUGAUUUUUGCAUUGCUUCUGUGUGCCAUAGAAAACCAUUACAGUCUAAGGGAAAGGAGAUGGAAAGUAACUGGAAGUUUGGCCACUUGUUUACAGCAGGCUUCAAGUUGGCCCCAAAGAAAAAUUCUGCUCAUGGUAGUGUUGAAAGAUGAGUUUGUGAAAGGCAGACCAUGCUCGGGCUGCGGGACUCCCACCAACAGCUUUUUCCCCAUGUUCUGCUGCCGCUGGGCCUCAGUCUCCCCAUCUUUGCAGCCUGGCCCAGCACCCUUUCCCCUUCUCAUCACCUCACGUGCCAGGCAGCAGGCGGGGAAACCACUGGGGAGCUGGAUCUGCCCCGUGGUGUCAGACGGAGACAGAGGCCACCUCAUCUGUCCCGCCUCCACGAAAUGCAGGGAAUACACUGGGGGAACCCCAUUGCUGGCACACGACUCCACUGUGGCCGCUUUGCACUCGCUCCCCAGGAGAGAUGCUCAUGCCACAGUCCCCCCAUCCUGCCCGAAGCAAGGCACAGCGUGCUCUCAACCACUGGAAACAAUAACACACGCUCAGAAAAAAACCAGAAGCUCAACUAGUUCCUCUCCAUCAUUCUCCCUUUCUGAAUCCACUGGCUUCAAAGUUCAAACUACUGCUUUAAAGUAUUCCUAAAGCACGUGCUGUCCCUUCCGUGCCAGCCAUGGGACUGGCAUUCACCACCAAACAUUGUUUCCACAACCUCAUCAACGGUGGGUAGAUUUCCACUGCACACCAACCGGGAAACGCUGGCAAUGAAUAAUCUGCUCAAGUUCAAGUUGUUAAACAAAAACAAUCACAUCCCUCUUGGUUGUGCUUGAAAUGCGGAAAGCGAGUUAGACAGGGUAGAAACAAAACACAAUCAAAGUAAGUGGAAAAAUGAAAACAAAAGGAAGGAAAAGCUGUAUCCAUCUUUAAAAGGGAACUCUGAAAACCUUGUAAAAUACUGAAAAGAAAGAUGCAGUAUUUCUGACACAUUAUUAUGUAAUUUCUUAAUUUCUUAGCUGGACUAAACUCUUCCCCUAGCUACAUAUAUGAAACCCUGCAGCUCCCUUUCUGCAGACUGAAGGCAGAAAGGAUUGGCGUGAGUCAAGCCAACACAUAACUGCAGUCACACACGGUUUUACUGCAUCGGCUGUUAUCUUAACGACUCCCACUCCUGCAUCUUCAGCACAUUUUGUUAAAGCAAACAGGUUCAAGUUCUGAGAACUCCUGCGCCAAACCUCCGUGCAAUUGAGUUCCACAUCACUGGAAACGGGAGCAUUCGUGGAAAUGCAGACUGACCUUUACAAUCUCUGAAGUACAGCCGCAACACCUCUCCGGGUGACACCUGUACAGUUUGCUAAGCCAAUGCAGGACAAUUUGGUUGGAUUCUCUCUUGCUUUUCGGAUUCUGACUGCAGAUAGACACUUGGACGUGGAGCCCUCACUGAGUCUAACAAGCAGAUUGAAAGGACAGGGAAUAGAAAUCCCAGUCCCUGACAGAAACCAUGCUACCAUGGCUCACUGCCGCACCAGAAAUACCCUGCAGUUUGUCAGGCACAUAUGGUAUUAUUUUCUGUCUUAAAUGAUCAGCCUUCUGAAACAGCAACACAUGCAAGGAAAAAAUAACCCGUUUAUGUGCACAUGUUUGUAUCCUCUCAAACUUACUGAAAUCUUACUCCUUUCCCCAGCUACUCUCGGGUGCGCAACUUCCCUUAGCCCAAGCCAGAUGAACCAGCAAGAAACGAAGUGAAUCAGCAGAGUGUAUUUAAUUCUCUUACAACCUAUGUGGUCAGGUGUUUCAAGCAACUGACCUAUUAGGGUCCAAAUUCCAUUGUCUAUCCACUGCUACCUAUGAAAUUAAGAAAAUGAAAAUCAAAAUUAACUGCAAAACACUGCACGUAUGGCUCUUCUGCUCUGCCGAAUCAUGUUCAAACCUGUCAGAAGCCAGUUAUCACGGUCCUUUCCCAUCUCUCCCUAAUGACUCCUGAAACUUUUGCAAUCCUCACGGAAACGCACCAUCCUUUUCCCCACCCCUGAACUCAUCAGCAGUCCAAAGGUCUGGAGCACAGCGUAAAGCAAUACCCAGUAAAGAUGUGCCAGAGCAACUCUGGAUGCCAAAUAACAUCUUCCAACUCAGUUCCUAGCAGCAUUGUCACGACAUCCACGUCCCAUUUUCAGUGAACCCCACCUAUCAUUCACAGGAGAAAAUGAAAGAAAAAAACACCAGAUGAGGCAGCUCCUUAUGAAACAAACCAGCCAAAGGUAAAAAAGAGAUAUUAUUUAAAGAGAUCAGCCCUGUCCUUGGGCAGAAAAGCUCACCCUUUUGCCUUUCUCUGUUCACAGCAACCUAGCAUUGCAUUUUUAAGAGGGAGUACAAGGGAACCCAGUCCUGCCAGUAUUGCCCAACAGUGUGAUAGCAAAAAGAGGGCUAUGCAGUUGCUAAGUGCAUUGAUAACACGUUCAGACUCCGACUAAUUUCUGCCCACAAUUUCUGCCCACACCCAGUCCUGCCCAUUUAAUUUUUUUUUAUAAUCACAGGUGCCAGAGUGUCAGGGAACAGGAACGCGUAGGGGCAUGGUUUUAUCUGGAGGCUAAUGCUGCCUCAUGCGAACCCCACUCUGAGCUGCCACUUACUCCUCCUGAGAAACACAACGAUCGUGUGGCUUCUGCUACGCACUGCACGAACGCGUAAGGCAAGUGGCCGUCGGGAGCAGGCACAGUGCUGCAACACAGCCAGGCACCCAUCAUCGCCGCUGCUAUACAUCAGAAAAAAAGUUUAAAGACAAAUGACAAAGUGGGCCUACGAAUAAAAUUAGAUUAGAGGUUUUCAGUAUUCACAUGACAUAGACGGAUGAGUGCACACAAACCUUCUCUUCCAAAUUUUAGCAGGAAUUUUUUUUUUUAACUUGGAAAAGGUUAUAUUGUUCAAAGGAAGAGGCUGCUGGUAGGCAAAAUGUAGACCAGGCAGAAGAAAAAUCGUUCUAACGAACAGCUUCACUGUUAGCCUAGGCAAUAAACUUCAAAAGGAAACUAUGAAAAGGAUUCCUGUGAGUAAAAUACGGUUUGGGUUUUACACAAUAACCCAACAUCAUGUUAUGCUUUAACAUAAUAAUUUAGAGGGCUUUUGGACUGGGAAAGGGGAGGGAAUACAACAAAGCUUCAGAACUUUAGCUGAUAUCCAUUAAAGAUGAGACUCAACGAAAAAGGAGAUUUUACUGCAAAUCAUUGGUGGCUUAGUCCUUGCAAUCUCCUUUUACUCAGCUGUGGUAGUGGCCACAGCUGGAGACGUGUUGGGCUAGAUGGCCCACAGGCCAGCUCCACAUAGAGCUAGUCCUGCAUUCUUGCAAAAUCACCAUUUGAAUAAUUUAAAUAUAGAAAAGAGCAGACCCCAGAGAAAGCAGCCGCCCCAGCAGAGGAAAGGACCCAGUCAGAACUGCUCCCAGUACCGGCUGGUACUGACAUACCAGCCUAGCUUUGCAGAAGAGGGUUUCCUUUUGCGCACAGGAACUGCUCUCACCCUUUUGCUCCUCUUUCUCAGACCUUACUGGCAAGGGUUUUCUCCUGAAUACCGUUACUUCCCAAAUGCAGUGUAACUGCACUUUGCAUCAGCUCAGAUUUGAGUUGAAAAAAUGAAUACAAUGUCAGUUUCUGUAAAAAUAUCUAUUUUAAGAGAGCGCUCUAUAUACCCAGGAAAGGCAUUUGCUCUAAUGUACCCCCAUGCAACUACAGUGACAAUAAAAACUUGAAAUAGUACUGGCUACUGCAGCAUUAGAUUGCCCAAACAUAUAAUCAGAGACUUGGUAUUUCUCAAAAACCUAUGAUAUAAAUAUGCCAGAUGGAAGGACAAAGGAAAAGCUGGUCAACCAAAAGUCAGUGGCAGAGCUCAGCCAGGACUCGGGUUUCUUGGACUGACGCCCAGCACUCUGCGUAACGCCAUCAUGUGAUGCCUUCAUCUAGAAGAUACGCUGCAACUUUCCCAAUUGCGGCUGUCGGAGAAGUGCUGCUCUUAUUGAAACAGCCCUGCCUAGGAAACCUGUAAAACAAAACGGGCAACAUCCAGCUUCGUUGCCCAUUGAGUGAUGGGAAUUCAUUUACUUCAGGGCUGAAUUUGGACCACUUAAUGUUCCUAGUUUUCAGACAAGGAUUUUAUCCCUGCGGUAAUUCUGACAUGAAUUUGUCAUUAAAGGAAAUGGUAACACUGAA